AUGGCGAGCUCGCUCUUCAAAGUCAACUCAGAACAGAUCGAUCUGGUCCGGGACCACGUCUGGGAAUUGGAACCGUGGUGGCUCUACAACAUCACAUCCGCCCCCAACAAGGAGCUGAACAAUGCACAAGUCCCUCUCUACCUUGGCAGCAUGGUUGGCGGGAGCUCUGCCGUGAACGGCAUGCAGUCUAUACGCGGCACCAGCGAGGACUACGAUCGCUGGGGCAGCUUCUUUGGCGAGAGUUCGACGUGGAGUUGGGAGGGAAUGCUACCAUAUUUCAAAAAAGCUUUGCAUUUCCAGCACCCUCCGAAGCAGGUCCUAGAUGAUAUGCCGGGAUUGCAAUAUGACGAAAGUUACUGGGGCAUGACUUCUAAAAUUUAUGCAGGAUGGCCUUCAUUCCAGUGGCCUGGAAUCAAAUAUCAGUUUGAGGCUUUCACGGCCCUACCCGGAGUCGAGGUCCCCAGUGACAGUGGGGUUGGAAAGGCCGGCGUGUAUUGGUAUCCCACGUUUAUGGACGGCGAAGUGUCCGUCAACAGGUCUUACGCGCGAACUGGCCACUGGGAUAAUCUAGACCGCGACAACUAUGACCUUAUCACCGGGUCAAAGGUUACCAACAUUGUGCUAGAAGAGAACAAAGCAGUCGGCGUCGCGUUCCGCCCAAGGGAUGAGGAGGAGGCAGAGCUAACUACAGUCAGGGCAAGGAGGGAAGUCAUCCUCUCGGCCGGUUCGAUCCAUAGCCCGCAAAUCCUACAGCUUAGCGGUAUUGGACCUCGCAAACUACUCAAAGAGGCCGGUAUAGAGACCAAGAUUGACCUACCCGGCGUCGGACAGAAUUUCCACGACCACACCGCAGUCCGCCAGCCCAUUGAGUACAGGAAUUAUACUCUUCGUCCCAACCACAGAGACGACUUCAAUGACCCUGGAUUCCGUGCAUGGGCCGAUGAACUCUGGGAGGCUAAUCGAACCGGGCCCUGGUCCAUCGGACUUUGGAACGCUGGAGCUUGGCUUGGGAUGCCAGCUGUAUCGCCGUCCGAAUUUGAAGCUAUUGCGGCCAAGGCCGACGCGCAAAACGCAGCGGACUACCUACCCGAGGGCACCCAUCCGACAGUGGUCGCAGGCUACCAGGCGCGAUUGGCGCGACUCGCAGACGCGAUCCGAUCUGAGAAUACCAUCUUCUACAGCCAUUACUUCUCAGGCGAUGAGCCUGUGUUCUACUUCACGUUCGAGCACCCCCUCAGCACCGGAACCGUCAACAUUAACGUUUCCUCUCCAGCAUCCGAGCCGGUCGUCGACUACCGCACGUAUAGCAACCCCGUCGACCUGGACCUCACAAUCGAGAUGAUGCGCUUCCACCGGCGCGUCAAUCUUGAGUCUCCUAUUCUCGUCCAAUUCGACCCGGUUGAAGUGGCCCCGGGUACCAAUAUCACAUCGCGAGAAGACCUAAUCGAGUACCUGCGCGACAAUACGGAACCGAGCGCGAUGCAUCCCUCCGGUACGUGUGCCAUGCUCCCGUUGGAACUAGGGGGAGUGGUGGAUGAGGAUCUUAGGGUUUAUGGUGUUGACGGCCUACGAGUCGUUGAUGCUAGUGUUAUGAGCAUCAUUGUCGGCUCCAAUAUAUGCGGGCCCGUUUAUGCUAUUGCCGAGAAGGCUGCGGACUUGAUCAAGAGAGACUGGAGCAAUGGCUCUGACUAG